GUCCUUGAAGUGUUGACCGGAUAAUAUUUGAAACGCACUGGGUGAAUAAUGUACGACAUUCCCGGGAAAUCGCUCAUAUCCCGUGUCUCCGAUCCGCCGCGUAUACGCCGCCGUUGUAAUUGAAGGAGCUCUACUUAGAAAAUUGCCGCUUGUCACGCCCUCCCUGCCUUUUCCUCUGUGACCAAUGGCUUUUGUGAGAGGAAACGCAGCCUCGCGGCAGUCAAAACACACUCGGCUUAGCGCAGCGCUUCACUUCACUUCAUUCCGCGCGCGGUGCCCCGCAUGCUCAGCGUGACUCCUUUUCCCACACCUACUCCUUCGUAAACGCUUUGUCCGUUUCUCCUCCGCAAAGCGACCUGGACUAAAGGAGGCAUCGGUACGCCAAUUGCACGGCAGCCUAGGUGAAUACAGUUUGUGGGAAAUCCCAACGCAGUGGUUGGUCUGUCUGUCACUGCAAAUCUGCUUUUAUUGUUUCUCUCUCUUUCCAUUUCCCUACACACACUACAACUUGGACAUGGCAUCCCCUAAUUCAGAGAAAAAAAGCCGAUGGAACUGGUUCAGAUCUAAAAAGACUCCUCCGAGCAGGCGGCAUUCCAUGUUGGAGAUGGCAGAUAAUGCAGUGACCAAGCAGUAUGAACCGAUCGCGGGUGGCGGUGGUGGAGGCAAUGAGGCUCGGCCCCAAGACGGGCAAACAGGCCCUGCAAUCCAUCUAGAGGAAGAUGUCACCGUGGAUACUGUUGUUUCACACCCAGUGCCACAUCACCCAGGACUCAACCUGGACCCCAGGGUUUCCAUCUAUAGUGGCAAGCGACCCAUGUUCACUCGGAGCAAUAUCCAAGGACGUGUGUACAACUUUCUGGAGAGGCCAACAGGCUGGAAAUGUUUCAUUUACCACUUCACUGUGUUCCUCAUAGUGCUUAUUUGCCUGAUCUUCAGUGUCUUAUCAACUAUUGAACAGUAUACAACAUUUGCAAAUGAAACGCUCUUCUGGAUGGAAAUUGUACUUGUGGUUUUCUUUGGUGUGGAGUAUGUGAUACGGCUGUGGUCUGCUGGAUGCCGCAGCAAAUAUGUUGGUUUUUGGGGUCGUCUUCGAUUUGCCAGGAAGCCCAUUUCUAUCAUUGAUUUGAUAGUUGUGGUCGCUUCAAUCAUGGUGCUGUGUAUAGGUUAUAAUGGACAAGUCUUUGCAACGUCAGCCAUCAGGGGGAUCCGGUUUCUGCAGAUCCUUCGUAUGCUGCAUGUUGACAGGCAGGGAGGAACCUGGAGGCUGCUGGGAUCUGUGGUUUUUAUUCAUCGGCAGGAGCUGAUAACAACUCUCUACAUUGGCUUUCUUGGCCUUAUAUUCUCCUCCUAUUUUGUCUACUUGGCUGAAAAGGAUGCCAUAGAUGCCAGUGGAGGCAAUGAAUUUGGAAGCUAUGCUGAUGCCUUAUGGUGGGGUGUGGUCACUGUAACAACUAUUGGCUAUGGAGACAAGGUACCUCAGACAUGGAUAGGGAAGACCAUUGCCUCCUGCUUCUCAGUGUUUGCCAUAUCAUUCUUUGCUCUACCAGCGGGAAUUCUUGGGUCAGGGUUUGCUUUAAAGGUCCAGCAGAAGCAACGGCAGAAACACUUCAACAGGCAGAUUCCCGCAGCUGCAUCACUAAUACAGACUGCCUGGAGAUGUUAUGCAGCUGAAAAUCCUGACUCUUCAACCUUCAAAAUGUAUGUUCGAAAGCCAGUCCGGAGUCAUCCUGCCACAUCCAGUCCACGAACAAAGAAGGCAGCACAGGCAAAAAUUAGAAAAAAGCCCAAAACUGAGAAGGACAAUGGCUUCAGUACACCGAGUAUUCCACAUAUCACGUAUGAUCAUGUCUUAGAUGAGAAGAAAUCCGAUCACCUCAGCGUCGAUGGAUAUAGCAGCUCAGGAGGCCGUCAGCAGUCCUGGACAUCCGUAGCUUCAUUUCAGUUCUGCAGCUCGCCCUCUCCAGUUAAGAAGAAUACCGGAUUCCUGGACAUUCAUCAGAGUGGGGCAAUCCACCGAAGUAACAGCUUUGGAGAUGACCUGGAGUUGGAGGGUGAAAGCUCCUUGCCGCCCAUCAUGCACAUCUCACAACUGCGGGAGCAGCACCGAGCUGCCAUUAAGGUGGUACGCCGGAUGCAGUACUUUGUGGCCAAGAAGAAGUUUCAGCAAGCCAGAAAACCUUAUGAUGUGCGAGAUGUCAUAGAACAGUAUUCCCAGGGUAACCUCAACUUGAUGGUGCGGAUUAAGGAGCUACAGAGACGGCUCGAUCAGUCCCUUGGAAAGCCAUCAUUGUUCCUGUCAACUACAGAAAAAAAUAAGGACCGAGGCACAAACAGUAUUGGAGCGCGGCUCAACAGGGUGGAGGAUAAGAUCUCACACAUGGACCAGAAGCUCAGUCACAUUGCUGACAUCUUAAACCGCCUGACGGCCGGCCAGCAGCUCCAGCCACAUCGGCCAGUGGCUCUCAGUGGGGCCGUGCAGGGCGAAUUUUUCUCCACCAACAACAGCCUGCCCACAUACGAACAGCUGACAAUUCCCAGGAGAAUCCAGGACAGCAGUUCCUGAGACCUCCACCGCUACAAGGGUAUGAAGUAGUCCCAUCAAAUGACUAUGAAGAACUGAUUUCCAGGCUCCAAAGAAUGUUGCGAGAUUUUAAUUUUGUUUGGACUGGUGUGGAAGAGAAAAAGGUGGCAAACAUGGGGUGCGGGUGUGGGUGGGGGGGGGUGAAGAACCGCUAUUCAUAUUUCUUAGAGAUCUUCGAUUUACAAGAGAGUCACGUGACGUUUGAGUGCAGACCAAGGGAACAGGAAAUUAAAUGUUGAAAUAUAAACCGUGUAAGGAGGCAUCAUCGAGGACAAUGUAGAAAGGCUGGCGGAUGUUAUGAAGCACCAAACCGGCAUCCGGCCAUUUUUUUUUUUUUUUUCGUAGCCAAGAAAAAUGAAGUUCAGCUUUAAAUUUUGUGAAAAGAAAAUGACUGAAGUGAGUGACGUGAAGCCAAAUUUAUGGAGCUGAAACUGAAUGUAAAGAAGCAAAAGUGAUUUUGAGGAGCAGUGCUUCGCUCGUCUUCAAUGGCACCAUGGACGUUGCCUUUCGUUUGUUCAGGAGGGUGGUCCAGGUGAUGACUUUCAUUUCAGCUGAAUGGAAUUUGAUUUGGCGCUUGCCGUAUCAGCUGCCCUCUCCUCUGUGCCCACGCGGUAUUUGUUAGCCCAUUAAAGAUGAAGACGCCCAUCGACUCGUCCCGUUACGAUUAGGGGAUCACGUGUUUAUAGCUGCUUCCUCACACUAAACCUCAUUUUGUGAAUGAAUGAUCAUCUGAGGAGACUUUUAAUAGACAACUUGAAGGUAGGACUAGAUAUGCUUUGACUUUAGUGCUCAGUUUUGUUCUGCAUUUUAACAAAUUCUCUCUUUUUUUGAUGUCUUUGUAGAUUUAAAGGAUUAUGAACUGAUUUGUUGCCUUAAACUCUUUGUGCUGGCGUAUUUGUUCACUUUGUGAGUGCUAAUCGAGCUUUGGGAAUGAGCUGGUUGUGCUUGGGCAGACGGCAGUUUGCUUCAAGUGUCACCGUCGUGCCAAGAUCUAAAUGGCUGUGCCUUAGCCACACAAACUUUCAGGGAGCAUCGAAGGCGUUUAUUUGUAAAUGUUCUCGCCGAUGUUGUAUCGUGCCUUAGUCCCUAAAACACUUGCACAGUGGCAGUCCAGCAGGCCUGCAUCCUCAGUUUCGGGGAAUCUAAAUGACAUCAGGAAUCAUUUUUAGGACUCUCUUAGUUCAAACGUGGAUGCUUUUAGCAUUAGUGAUGUGGUUGUUGUAGCCUCACUGUAGACGAAAUGUGGCUCCAUUUAAGAGCUUUGAAUUCAGGGCCCUAUUGGCUUCUUAAAAGUGCCUACACAUUUGUGUAACACGCACUCGCAAUACAAUCUUGACAUCGUUUCUGCUUUCCCCAAACGACAUUCAAUGGAUUUUCCUAAAUUUAGUUUGUGCUUUAGAUAACGCUGCUCUGCUUAGUGCAAUGGGAUUCACGUGGUGUGCAAGGCUGGGCUGUGCUGGUGUCUCAUACUGGGACAUCCUGAAGUAAGCACGCGACUUUAGUGACCCUCACAAUGGACAGUCUGGCAUCAUGGGAUUGUUUGCUGACUUUGGUCACGAACAAGCUAAUUCAAAUGUGUAUGCAUGCGUACUUUAUCUGUGGGUGUAUAUAUAUAUACUGUAUAUUUGCACACAUUCACCAUUUCAUAUGCAUAACAGACAGCUGUAUCGUCACUUACAGUGUGUGCAAAUGUGGAUUCCUUGUCUGUGUGUAUGUAGGGUUACAGCAGGUGUGUGUGUGUAUUUAUACAGUAUAUACUUAUAUAUAUGUGCGCAAACACUCUGUGUGUGUGUGUGUGUGUGCACAUAUAUUUAUUUAUAUAUACAUUGAGAGUUAACGGUGCAUACUAUAUAUGCCUCUAAACACUACAUACAGUAUAUAGAUAGGUGCUUAUUUAUAUAUUCAUAUACAUGCAUACACUCCAUGUGGUUUAUGUAGUCAUAUAGACAUUGAGUUGAUUUUUUCGAUGCUAGAUAUACGUGUGCGUGUGUAUACACACUACAUAGGUACAGUAUGUGCUUAUCCAUACGGUAUAUUCAUAUACAUACGUGCAUACACUUGUGAUACCUGCAUAUGACGUAAGUAUUUCUAAAUGCACCGACUGUGUGUGUGUGUGUGCCUGUUUAUAUAUGUGCAGCACUGUGGGUGUGUGUAUAUACUACACUCGUACACGGUAUAUGCGUAUGGCUUACAUAUUCACAUAUACAUUGGGAGUUUGUGCGUAUAUAGUGUAUACUGUACUAAAUAUUUGUGUGUGUGUAAACAUUUUCGUACACAGUAAGUGCGUAUGACUUAUGUAUUCAUAGUCUCCUCAUGCAGACACCACUAUGGCGGCCUUUACACUUGUAUAUACCGUCUACUGCACGUUUGUAUGUGUGUCUGUCUGCACUCGUCUCUUUCAGACUUCCUGAAUGUUCCUUCCAUCGUCAUGCUGUGCAUAUUGUUGGCAGUCUUUUAGGCACCAAAUCAGUAAGCGUUAUCGACCGAUUCCACGAUCCUGCACUGUCACAGUUACGAGACACUUCCCGACAAUGGAAGCGUGUAAGGAAGUCCCAAAGCUGCAGGAGGGCACACAGAGCGGGACGCCAUGAGCGCGGCAGCACUUGCACACCGGCGGGUGGCGUCGUCUUCAAGUUUCCGAUCUUUCUUUGCGUUUUCGUCCGUCGAUGUCGUAUUCCCAGGGAUGCCGCCAUCUCUUUUUUAUUCUUCCACUGACGCCCAUACGCUUCCAUUUCAAGAUGGCCCUGUUACCGAGUUGCAGGCUGCACUGUCACGUUUCCAUCCCCAACGGUACUUUGUGAGUUUUCUUUUUUGCCGAUUUCAUUUGAAGGUUGUCAGUGUGCACAAUGAAAUACUGUAUGAACUGGUAAUCGCUGAUUGUUUUUAAAGAAAAUAAGUGAACCGCAUGAUUAUUUUAUUUGGCUACUUUUUGAGCACUUGAAGAGAUGCACGUCAUUCACAGGCCUUGGGCGUCGUUCAGCAUCAUGUAAACUGUUACGGGUGAGUUGUUUGUCCUAAUCGAUAUGAACCGUGUGUGUGUGUGUGUGUGUAGCAUAGAAAUGCCGCAGUCUGUACAGUUGAUGCACAUCUGGAUGAGCUUUUCAUUUUUUUGAAGGAUAUGACAAUAAAUAUAUGCCGAACCAAAUACGUAACAUUUUUUCUAUGUGUACAAUGCGUCUCCUUUGUUACUCUAGCAUGCGUUUUAAUUGGGCUUUGACGUUUGCCGUUUCUCCCAGCACAUCGUUUUAAAUGUGAGACAGGGGCCGGUCCUCAGACACACUGGAAAUUUGCUGUUUGUUUGUUUGUUUAUCUCCACUGCUACAAGUCAAAAAGCACAAAGCCUGUUGCAGAAGGCCAUUGUUGGCACGGCUCUGGAUUAAGGCACUGGGACUCUGCAGCUUUCCACUCCAUCUUCUUGACUUCCACUUGUCCGUUUCAGCACACUCUGGAAAUGUGUCAGGUGCUUAACAUAUCAUUGGGACAUGGGCAUCGUACUGUAACGCGACUCAAUCAUGCAGAUUUUAGAAUAGCUCUUUUACUAAGAUUGUCAUUUACAGUGUCAUUUGAUUUCUCACUGCUUAAUAAAUCAUGCAUGACAAAAAAACAC